AUUGUAAUCAAAAAUGUGAUUGUAUUAUGCAUAAAGCGUUUGCAUUUUGGAUGCGUUCACGAAUCACUUGUAAGGAAUGUAAAAAAGUGAAGAAUAUUGAUGAGCAUAUGGUCGAAUGGCAAUUACAUUUAAAACAACGUAAUUUGGAUAAAAGGAAAAGGAAUGGAUUAUCUAAAUUAAAAGCAUCUCAAUCAUCUUCAUCACAGGAUUCAAAUGGUGUUAUUAUUGCUCGUGAUGACGAUGAUGAUAAAAAUGAACUAUAUCAAUGUUUGAACAAAAAUUUAUCUGAAGAAUUAUUAUUUGGAUAUCAAUGUGAAUUUUGUACUGAAAGGAAAAUCAAAAAUGGAAUACCUCCAGAAGAUGCAGCCAAACCUACAGAGAAUAAUUGUACCAGAACAAUUACUGCAAAAAAAUUACCGCCUGUACUAGCCUUUGUUGUAGAUCGAUUUCAUCGAGAUAAUAAAAAAACUGUCAAGAAUGAAGCAGAAUUGACAUUCUAUGAAGAGAUUGAUAUGAGUGGUUACACUAGUAUCGCGCAGGAUAUUUUGAUAAAUGGAGGAUCAUUAGAUGAUGUUGAGCCAUUUAAAUAUCAUUUGUUAUCGGUUGUUAAUCACGAAGGUAACUUGAACACUGGUCAUUAUACUGUAUAUUGUAAAAACCGUGGUCAGUGGUUUUUAUUUGAUGAUCAUACUGUAAGGUUAGCUAGUUCCUCUGAAGUUUUGGCGUCUAAACGUAAAGC